UGGAGGAGCGUGGUAGUUAAAUGUUCUGUAAGUAACAUUGACAACUCACAUCCAUCGUUUUCAAACUAAAGCGUGCUAUGUUUUGUUUCUUUUACUUCUCAUUUUGUCCUAUUUGAGAUUUGUUUUGUUCUUACAAGGUUAAAAGUUAAAACAGAAGGAUCAUGGUUAUCUCUUUAUGGCAGGGUAGAUAUUUCAUAUUUUGAUUGAAAGAAAUAAAAGAGCGAGAAGCUAACAAAAUUGAAAAGAUGGAAAUAGAGAAGAAAGAGGCAGAGGUUAGAUUGUUUGAUAGCAGCGAAGAGCUGUCGUCAGGAUUUGCUGAUUAUGUUCAUCAAAUUUCGGAGUCUGCAAUCAAAGAAAGAGGUUCCUUCGCUAUUGUUCUUUCUGGGGGUGACAUACCAAACCGCUUGGGGAAGCUGACAAGGUCACCGUUCUUGAAAAUGGUGGAGUGGUCGAAAUGGCAUGUUUUUUGGGCUGAAGAGAACGUUGUUGCUAAGAGACACCCCGAUAGCUUCUACUGGCAAGCCAAGCAGUGUUUCCUCUCCAAGGUUCCUAUAUUGCCUGCUCACAUUGUUCCGGUUAGCCAUGGUGUACCGGGAGAAUCAGCAGCCGAUAGCUACGAAUUCUCGAUCAGGCAACAGCUCAGGAAUCGGAAGGUCUCCGUUUCGGCAUCAAGUGAUUGCCCUAAAUUCGACCUUAUUCUCUUAAAUCCUGAGGUCUACGGCCACGUGGCAUCACUUUUCCUUAACUAUCCCGUACCUGGAGAGAAAGAUACCCAAUGGGUUACACGUCACUUAAUCGAAGGGUCUAAAGAGAGAGUGAUACUUACGCUCCCUGUUAUUAAUGCAGCUGACAACGUGGCCGUUGUGGCGUCUGGUGCUGAGGUGGCACCUAUGUUUCUGGAUGCAAUGAAUGGCCGUAAUAAGCCCAUUGGAUCCACUCCAGCCCAUAGAGUUUGGCCCAAAGAUGGAAAGCUAGUUUGGUUUGUGGAUUCUAGCGCUGCCUCGCUGUUUCUACAUGGCAGAGGAUGUGCUGCAAGUUCAGGUUCCUAAAAUCUAGUUUGAACUUAUUUGGCUGAUUGCACAAGCUGAUAGUUGUAACUGUCUUUAAUCCACUGUAAUUCUUAUAUUUUAGCUCAGUAGUCCUGAAACUAACUUAGUGAUCAUCUCUUAAUGCAGAACAGCUAUAGUUUAAUUAAUUCUUAGCACCUAUUUGUCAAA